AGUCGAGCCAGACGCCUCGGGCGGGAGUGCCAGCCGGACGCAGGGCGCGCGCAGAAUGGAAACAGACUGUAAUCACAUGGAGCUCAGCAGUAUGUCAGGACUGGAAGACGAUUCAGAGCUUAAUGGCUUUGAAGGAACUGAUAUGAAAGACAUGCGGCUGGAAGCGGAGGCGGUGGUCAAUGAUGUUCUCUUCGCCGUGAAUGACAUGUUCGUCUCUAAAACCCUGCGCUGUGCGGAUGAUGUGGCGUACAUCAAUGUGGAGACCCGGGAGCGGGCCAGGUACUGCCUGGAGCUCACUGAAGCAGGCCUUAGGGUGGUUGGUCAUGCUUUCGACCAGGUGGAUGGUCACUUGCAGACCCCGUACCACGAAACGGUCUACUCCUUGUUGGACACGCUCAGCCCUGCUUACCGGGAAGCGUUCGGAAACGCCCUCCUUCAAAGACUAGAAGCUCUGCAGAGGGAUGGACAGUCAUGACUAAGCUUUUUAUUUUCUAGAAGGGGCUGCUGCCGGUACUAAGUAAGGCUUGACAAAGUUCUUGCAUAGGAUCAUAGUAGAAAAUACAUCUUUGCUUUUCUGUCUUUCAUCAUUUCUUCAAGCUUAGGCUUUUGACUCAAAACAUUAUUGAUUAAUGAAUUGGCAUUUUCUGUGUCUGAUUCAUUAAGAGAAUCCUGAAACGGUUGCUGUAACACUGUCAUUAUUAAGACAUUCAGAUUUCUUUCUAUAGUAGCUCUGCAUUCAGAACUUAAUCAGUGUUUCAUUCUGUCAUUACAGGGCUUUGAUGCUGCCAGCACUGUCUUUUACAUAGGAAAUUCUAGAUUUGCACAGUAAUUUAGGAAUGAAAAUGACCGAACUUCAAACUUUGAUUCAGCUUGCUAAAUCAGGGGUCCACUACUAGCUUGAACUGACUUUGUAGUAAUUAUUUUGCUACUAGCCUUACUGGAAACAAAUUAUCAACUAGUUUCCCCUGCACAAAUUUUGAAAAUCACUGUUUCACUGAAUCUGUUUAUAUUAAUGUGGACUGAUAAACAUGAAUUAUCUAUAUAUUACUUAGCUAGUGUUAAAUGAAAAACAGACUGAAAUCCUUCUGUAUUCCUUAUUUGCAAAAGCCAGCCAGCUAAGAGGACAAACCAUUAGCAAAUGAAUGUAAUAAUUACUUGUUUCCAAGAUCUUUAAGCACACAAGCAAAUGUAGGAACAGGUUCUAUUCUUUUCCUAGUAACAAAAGGCAUCUUCAAUAUGUGUGAUUUAAAAGGAAGGAGAUUCUGAUCUCCUAGAAAACAAUAUUUUGGCCUGUGUUGAUUCUUACUCUGAAUGUUUGUUUACAUAAUGUACAGUAUAUAUCGAGAAAGUAUUUUUGCCUCAAUGUUUACUCUCUAUAAUGUAGUGCUUUGGUAUUCCCACGGCGUCCCUCUUCCCCACAGACGUACAGUGUUCGUCUCUAUGCUAAAUCUGCAAUGUAAUAUGAGUGCAUUGUAUGGGUUUGAAACCAAAGGAUGAAUGAAGCAUUCAGAAACUUAAUAUUUGAAAAGGAAGACUCUGUAUUUUAUAUUUUCUUACAGGCAUUGAAAUUUAUGAAGUUAAUAAACUAUACAUACCACGCUGCUAAUGUUUUCAAGUACAUUUGAAUAAUAAGGAUUGGGGAGUUGUUUUUUUUGAUAGUAUGCUAAAGCAGCAGCUAUAGAAAUAUUGAACUAAAAUUCUUCAUCUGGACACACCUUCAUAAAUGUGUUAUUUGCGGACUUUUUUAAUCAUUAGUAAAUAAUUGCACCUUUUUCGGGCUCUGAAGAUCACGUGGGCCAGAGCGAAUCCUGCUCACUGGGGCCGCUGUUCAUUGCCAGGUCGCCCUGGAGUGCGCUGUCUCUGCCAGCUAGCUGCAUGGUCAUCCUCGGCUUUAUUUCCAGAUGCUUAGCUGUUUGGGCAAUGAAGUCUAACUUCAGGUUGAACUUUCUCAUGCUUAAUCUCAGGCUAACUCUACAGGAUAUUUGUCAAAUUUGAAUAAAAUUCUGUUUACUCAUUUUGAGUUAAGUAUGAAGAAACAUGAUUGUAUGUCUAAAAAUGCAAAUUCUUUGCUUUGUGAUAAAUGAUUGAUUACCAGA